UAUCACGUGCCUUUUGUGUUGGGGUCAGGUUAGGAUUGUGCUGUUAUAUUUUUGAGUACAUUCAGUUUUCUUUGCGAUUUAUAUAUACAUUUUAAUUUAUUAAAUAUAUUGUGUUUCAAGUAUUAUUUUUAAUCUCUCGACUAUUAUUAAUAAUUUUAAUUAGGAUUUGUUUUCAGUAGAACUAAUUGCAUAAUGGGUAAGAAAAAGAAGUUUAUUGAUAAGAAAAAUUCUGUUACAUUUCGUCUACUACACAGGAGUCAAAAAGAUCCUCUUGUCACUGACCAAGAUGCACCACAAUUUGUUCUUCAAGAAGUUGAAGAAAAGCCAAAGGACACUGAUAACAAAGAAGAAAGACACAAAUAUGGUAUUUAUUUUGAUGACGACUAUGACUACAUGCAACAUCUACGGGAGAGAGGUGGUGGACAGGUUGCCCUCGCAUCUCAAACUAUCGUCACUAAAACGAAACAAAAGAAGGGUAUUAAUUUACCCUCAUCAGUUUUUCAAUCUGAUGUUGAAGAAAAAGUGGGAGUUCUCAACAAAGCUGCUCCACAAGGAUUGACUUUGGAUUUUGAUCCUGAUCUUCCCGAAGUUCUGGCUGCAAUGGAAACUGCCAGUGAAAAUCCCAACGAUGAUUGGCUGGAUGACGAUUUCGUCACGAAAGCUAAUGAAGGUGGCGAAGGAACUGAAGAGGAGGAUGAUGAUGAGAUGUACUCUGAUGAAGAUGAGUACGAUGAAGAACGUGAUGAAUUAAUGAGCUUAGAGAGAGAAGAAACAAAAUCUCGAUUUACAGAGUAUUCAAUGACUAGCUCAGUGAUGCGAAGAAAUGAGCAACUUACCAUGUUAGAUGAUCGGUUUGAGGAAUUAUUUGCAGAGUAUGAUGACAGUGAAAUUGGAGCCCUUGACACAGAAGAAAUUGAAGGAUAUGUUGAGCCAGAAACAAAUGUUCUUGACAAAUUCAUUAAGGACUUUGAUUGCAUCAAUCAAAGGGAAGAUAUUAUUCCACAACGCCCUAUUUUGUACAAUGACAGUGAUUCCUCAGCUGAUGAAAACUUUGAAUACUUAGAGGUCAAACCAAAAGAAAAAUGGGAUUGUGAAUCUAUUUUAACAACUUAUUCAAAUAUUUAUAACCACCCCAAAAUAAUCGACGCACCACAGUCGAAAAUUAAAAUCAAUUCCAUGGGAGUGGCCGUUAACAAGAAUAAAUUAACUGCCGGUGCUCUCGCCAAACUUGAUGGUAGCAAAGGGAACAGAGCCACUGGCCCUGGAUCAAUUGCUUCGGCUAUUACACUCCUGUCCAUCAGGUCCAAGAAUGAAACACCGAGAGAGAAGAAGAGUAGAAAGAAAGCUUUCCGAGAGCACAAGAGGGAAAGAAGAAUUGAAAGGAAAUUGAAUACAGAAGCGUUUAAGGAAGAAAAAAGAAAAGUAGAGAAAAUGAUGGCACAAAACAAGAGUAGGUUCCAAGUUCCGUUGUAAAUUGUCCUGUUAUUUUGUAAAUAAUAUACUUUAUGUUUUAUACAAGAUGUCUUCUUAUUUUAUUCCUAUCACAUUUAAUUGCCUCAAUAUUGAAUAGAUUUUGAUUUUAGUUGUAAUAAUAAUGUGUUUACACUUUACCAAUAAAGUUCUAUUGUGAUCACUAGUGAUUAAAUCUUAUCAGUUUCGCUCAUUUUUAUUCCUGCUCUCGCCCCCAACUUCUUUUAUUUACCUACAGUGGCCCAUAAGUAAGAGAAACAUUUAAAAGGGUGAUAGCUGACCUCAAGAGGUACAAAUAUUUUAUAUAAAUAAAGGUCUGAUAUAUACCAGAAAGGUAGAAAAUUUUUUUUGUUGAAUUGGAAGUUAUAGCUAAAAAAAAUGUUAUUAAUACAAUUAACAAUUACUCCAUAGUAAAAUAGAAAAAAAUCACUUUAAAUGGCAAUAGAUUUUAUCUUUGUUAAGAGCAUUUAAGUGGCUAAACUGUGUUCUCUUUUAAAUAAAACUUAAAGUUAACAUUGAUUAUUCACGAUUUUUUUUUAUCACUCUUCAACUCGACUACAGACCCCAGGUCCCACUUAAUAAGAUUUAAUUUCAUAUUAAUUUAUUUGAGGUCUGUUAUGGAGUAAGUUGAGUCACAGCUAGUUUCUAAAAAUAAAAAAAAUAAAAUAAAAUAAAAAAAAAUCUGUUGGAAAUAUCCUGAUAGUGCCUCACAAAGCUGUGGUUGAAACAUAAAAUUGACUGCAUUAUGACUAUCACCCAUAAAAAAAUUUGUGAUUUGACAUUCUGUCACUCCAAACUACCUGUUUUUAGCAAAAAAUAACUUAUGAUAAUUUAUUUAAUGCUUUUUUUUUUCUAUAACCUGGGUAGUAUCUUUAGUAUAUUAACAAUCACAAAAAUAUACUUUCUAUUUAUAAUAACAAGUAAUGCAUUUGCAAAAAUUUAUCUUAAAUAGUGUUGCACAUUUGUUUUUACACCUAUCCUUAUCAAGAGAAAAAGUAAC